GGGGCUGAGCGCUAGUGCUGCGGACACGGAGGGGCCCAGGGUACAGCCUGGGUGGGGCUGGGGAGAGAAUUCGCUGGCUUCCCGCCCACGAAGCAAUCCCUGCUUAUUGCAAGCACAGAAGCCAAUUGCAAUGGCCUCCCGCACCGGACCCACUGAGCAGCGAAGGGCAGGAAGCCCCAGCCCGGCCAGCGGCAGGAAACCGAAGCGCUCGGUGCUUUGACGAGGACGCGCCCCCGGGUGGCCUUAGGUGUUAACGCCGCCACUUGGAGCAGGUGGGUGGGCGAGUCUCGCAUUCUCUCCGUUUCUGCAGCCAGCCCAGGAUGUGUAGGCAGAGCAGGUGCAUUUUUAAAAGUAGGAUUUGCUGAAUCAGAGCCGUCCAGGACUGCGUGUGCCCAUGUGCUGCAGAAGGGAGGCACCCCCUGGACGCACACUCACUGAUGGAGAAGGAGAUGCCGCUGUUCCACCUUGCCGCUCUCCUGGAAACAACACGGAAAUAACUUCAAGCCAGGAGACUUAGGAAAGGAAAGCUCUGAACACUGGGGGAAGAUGCUGAUGGACAAAAAUACAUCAUCGCUCGCCAACAUCUCCUCCACUGCCCUGUCCUGGGUAAGAGGUGAUGGCAACUGGACAGGGGCAGGCAUUGGUCCCCGGGAGGUGGCUGUUGGACUAAUACUAACCUUUAUAGACUUGAUCACUCUGUUUGGGAAUACAGUGGUUUUUAUCUGCCCUGUGGUGGAGAGGAGGCUGCGUACCGCAACGUACAUGUUUAUUAUGUCCUUAGCCAUGGCAGAUCUCCUCGUUGCUUGUCUGGUCAUGCCAUUUAGCAUAAUUUAUGAGGUGACGGGGAUGUGGCUGUUCGGGAAGCUAUUCUGUAAAGUGUGGAUCUCUUUUGAUGUCAUGUUCUGCACGGCGUCCAUUGUCACAUUGUGCUUUAUCAGUCUGGAUAGAUAUUGCUCCGUGGUGACCCCCUAUCAUUAUUCAAUGAGGAUGUCACGUCGAAGGUGCAUCAUAAUGACCUGCAUGGUCUGGGUAUACUCCUCCCUCAUUUCCUUCCUACCAGUCAUGCAAGGCUGGAAUGAGAUACCUGGUGUAGAUUUUGACGCUGGCAAAGAGUGCAUCUUUGUCACCAACUGGACUUUUGCCAUUGUAGCUUCUGCCCUGGCGUUUUUUGUCCCGUUCAUGAUUAUGUGCAGCAUGUAUUUCUUCAUCUACCGAGCAUCACGACUCAAGGCCACCCGCAUCAUGUCUCAGUCCCUUGAAAUUCACUACCAUCCCAACAGCAAGAGGCAGAACAACCUGCAGCUGGAAAACAAAGCCACUCGGACAAUUAGCAUCAUCAUCUCAGUCUUCAUAUUGUGCUGGUUACCUUACUUUGUUCUGAAUGUAUGGCUAGCUGCUAAAGGUACCAAUUCCACCAGCGCAGUUCUGGUUGAUGCUUUCAAGAUCAUAACUUGGUUAGGUUAUUGCAAUUCUACUAUCAACCCCAUGCUCUACGCCUUUCUGAAUCGGGACUUCCAACGGGCUCUGAAGAAGCUGUUCAUCUGCAGGCGCAGGUCUCAGGUGGAUAUUGGAGAAGAUAUGGUUUCAAUAGCCACCUUUUCCAAGACUGCUCAAGACCCAGAAUACAGCAUUAAAGUCCCAAUGUCCACUGGAGGGCUGAAGAGCAAGCGCAAACCAAGUUCUGGGUUACUUGUUGCAGGAUGAGACAGAUGCAGAGUGUAUGGUGACUGGUGUGUAUUUUUUUUUUUGGCGGGGGGGAAGGGGGGAGUCUAUUAAUUGAACUUUUUUUUUGGAAGAGAUUGGGUGCAAGAUUACAAAUGUAUUUUUAUUUUGGCUGUAAUCUGUGUGAAAUGUGAGCACAGCAGAGUGAUGCCAUAUUGUCCUUUCAUCUUCCUUUGUGCUGUGAACAAAAUUAGUAGCACUUUCUGAAAGAACAGCAAAGGACCUUGAUCCUGCAGCUCAGUUGUCAUAACCAAUUGGCUAGUUUCCCAUUAAAACAAUAUUACACUAUAUAUAAAUAGCAGAAAAGUUUCCUGUGAAUGAUUCAGCCUUCAUGUUGAAAAAGUAGGUGUGAAAACAUGAAUUGUGCUCACUGAGCUCCUUUU